AAUAUACAAGUCAUUGCGUCAAACAACAAACACGGGAUGGUCCAGUGAAGAACAGUCUAUCUAAGAGAGAGACAAGAUGGCUCAAAAGAUAAACGAGGCGCUGGAACACAUAGCAGCCGCCGAGAAAUGUCUAAAAACCGGCUUUUUAAAAUGGAGGCCUGAUUAUGACGGUGCAGCAUCUGAAUAUGCAAAGGCAGCUGUUGCAUUUAAAAAUGCAAAGCAAUAUGACCAAGCUAAGGAUGCCUUCCUAAAAGAAGCCGAAUCACAUCAGAACAACAGAGCUUUCUUUCACGCUGCAAAAGCCUUUGAACAGGCUGGAAUGAUGCUGAAGGAAAUGCAGAAGUUGCCUGAAGCAGUUCAGCUCAUUGAGAAAGCCAGCAUGAUGUUUGUAGAGAAUGGAACACCUGACACUGCUGCCAUGGCACUAGACCGUGCUGGAAAGCUGAUAGAAAAUGUAAACUUGGAAAAAGCUGUGGACCUUUACCAGCAGGCGGCCUCCGUAUUUGAGAAUGAAGACCGUUUGCGUCAAUCUGUUGAAUUGCUAGGAAAAGUUUCAAGGCUACUUGUCAGGGCUCGAAGGCUUGAUGAAGCAGCAACAUCUCUUCAGAAGGAAAAAAACAUCUAUAAGGAAAUUGAGAAUUACCCAACAUGUUUUAAGAAAACAAUAGCACAAGUGUUGGUUCAUCUACACAGGAAUGAUUACGUAGCUGCAGACAAAUGUGUUCGAGAAAGUUAUAGCAUACCUGGAUUUAAUGGCAGUGAGGACUGCAUUGCCUUGGAGCAACUACUGGAAGGAUUUGAUCAGCAAGACCAGGAUCAGGUUUUUGCUAUCUGUAAUUCAGCACUCUUCAAGUACAUGGAUAAUGAUUAUGCCAAACUCUCUCUGAGUUUGAGAGUUCCUGGAGGAGGAACAAAGAAGAAGUCACCUGUGCAACAAAAAAAUGGUGAAUCUGCACAGAAGCAACCUGAUGGUGUUGAAGAAGAGGAUGAUGACUACUCCUCUGGAUUGUGCUAACUGUGGACAAAUCUUGUUUGAUACCUUUUGGAUCAACUUGAGUUGCUUGGAAGUGAUGGAGGCCAAAGCUCAGAAGCAUUUAUUUUACGUCAUAACUCUAUGCUUGUUUAGUUGUCAGCCUGUAAUCUCUGAGAUUCUGAUUUGCAUAAAAAUGGCACAAGUGCUAGAUUAAUUUAUAUGUUGUGAAGUAUUUAGAUUUGACUAACUCUGCAUUAUAUAUAUAUAUAUAUAUAUAUAUAUAUAUAUAUAAUUUGAUAUUAAGUGUCCUUUUUAUUUUGAAAUGUAAUCUUAAAAUGCAGUUUCUUUUUGGUUCUAAAUAAAUGUUUUAAAUUAGUGUGUUUAAACUUGUUAUUUUAUAAGAAUAUUUUCUCAAUGUCCUAAAUGUAAUUUAUUAUUUAUUGUAUAGGUUCGUCUUCAAUUUAGUAAGACCUUAAUUGAUGACACAGAACUUUGGAAUAUUUUGGCAUUUUUUACAAUGUCUGGUUUAAUUUUCCAAUGAACACUGUAGACAGACAGACAGACCUGAAAUAUUGUACAGUUACCAAAAGGAUACUAAUCUUUAAGGUUGCAUAUCAUGUUGUUAGUUUGCUGCAUCAAUGUCAUUGUGUGAGAAUAUAUGCCUGAAAGUGGUUUGUAUGUUUUCCAAUAAAAUUCAGUGUUUAUGGUUAUCAUUGUAAUUCUGUGUGUGUGUGUGUGUGUAUGUAUAUAUACAUACACACACACCAGUUUAACUGAUAAGCAAUGGGCAUGUUCUAGCGAUUGUUAGUUAAUAUAUCCUUUGUGGUGAUUAACAACUUGAAAAAAGUUUAUUUUGUAAGUGCAUUUUAAUGUUAGUCCUUUUUAUCUUAAAAGUACUCUGCUGUCAAUAUCUGCAGUGGCUUUCAGUUACUUCAUGAACAUGAACAUAACAGUAAUGUCCUUGCCUUGUUGCCACUUUGGAAAAAAGAACUCUGAUUUCCAAGAGCUUGUUGGUUUUCAGUAUCUAUCUGUACUUGACAAUGAUGCUGCGAUGCAAACAUAAAGUUGCUUUGUUAUGUACACAGGUUUGAAAUUUCAUUCAAAGUAAAGUAUUGUACUUAAA